AUGUUCCUCCUAGUAGUGUUCCUGUUGUUUGCCAGCGCAACGAGCAGUUUGGAGACUAGCGAUAUCGCAGCCAUCUUUGGCCCCGUCUUGUCUCCAGAAGCACAAAUCUAUUUCCCAGCCGACCCGGACUACAACAAACAGGUGAAGCAGCGAUGGUCAACAUUUGCGAGUCCUUCUUACAUAGCCACCAUCAAACCGGCAACGGAGCAGGAUGUUCAAAACACUGUGAAAGCUGCGUCCCAGAACGGAAUUUCUUUUCUGGCUACAGGAGGGGGCCAUAACACAAAAGUCGAAUUUCUCAAGGUCAGAAAUGUAGUGAAUAUUGAUAUGAGUGGGCUCAAUUCAACAGAACUGGACACGGAGAACAACCUUCUUACAGUUGGAAGUGGGACAAUGAACUUUCAACUCUAUGCAGAGCUUUACAAGGCCGGAAAGGAACUUCCGAUUGCGAACCCCCCCUGUAUCAACGUCGUUGGUUCGACGAUCGGGGCUGGCCUAGGGCAGCUCGAAGGCAUACAUGGCCUACUGAUUGAUUCGCUCCUGUCGGUUCGUCUAGUGACGGCCUCGGGUGAAUUGAUAACAGUGUCCAACGACGAACAUCCUGACCUCUUCUGGGCCAUCCGUGGAGCUGGUGCUAAUUUUGGCAUCGUCACCUCUGCGACUUAUCAAGUAUACAACGCCACCAACGGGGGUCAGGUCUUGAAUGUUGACUAUGAAUUCCCUGCUGCCGCUAACCGCUCGUUAUUCGAGUUCCUACGGUCAUUAGACAAUGAAAGGCUUGAAUCCUUUGUUUAUGUGAUUACACUGUCUUACAACCAAACAAUCAAAGAGCCUUCCAUCAUUGUGACUACCGAAUACCAAGGGCCUCAAGAAGAUGUUCAACCUUACAUUGAUAGACUGGUGGCGCUGAACCCAACUAAAUGGAGUAAUCAAACGAUCCCAUGGGAUAUAAUGGUGACCGUCAACGGAUUUGGGGAGGGCACUGCGGUUUGCAUCGAGGGAGACCACGCCAGUACCUAUCACCUUGGCCUCGCUACGACGGAUGUGAGCACAUUUGAGUCCGCCUUCGAGAAAUAUGUUUCGUUCUCUGCGAAAAAUCCUUGGUACCGCGGGAGACUGGUGAUCGAGCGAUAUGCCACUGAAGUGGCGAUGGCAGUGCCAACAAGUCAAUGGGGAGUUUUCCCAUGGCGCGAUAUAAAAACGCAGUUGAUUUUUCUGAAUUAUUUUGACGAUGCAAGCCAUGAUGAUGAGGUGCAUGCCUUCAUUCAGCCAAUCAGAGAGAAUUUCCAGAAAACGAGUGGCUUUAAAGAGCAGCAUACCUACGUGAACUUCGCUUACGGUGAUGAAGGUCCAGAGGUCUGGUACGGAGCCCAUAAUCUUCCACGGCUUGUCGAGUUGAAGCAAAAGUGGGAUCCGACCAACCAGUUCGGCCCUGGAGCCCCAGUGCCACUAUCCCUGUAG